AUGAAUAAGGCUACAAUUGCUCUUCUGUUCCUUGCAAUAGUUACGGUCAAUGCCUUCAUCGACUUCUCGACAUGUGCUCGAAUGGAUGUACCUGUACUAAGUAAAGUUGCGCGUGGGUUAUGCAUCAAAUCAUGUCAUCGUCAGAACUGCGCUACGGGUUAUUGCAAGAAAAGGAGUGGACGACCGACUUGCGUUUGCUCUCGAUGUAAGGAUGGAGCACCUUAA